CGUCAAAAUAAAAGCCUAAACUACAAACGUACAUUUCCGCAUUUAGCUGACGCUUUUAUCCAAAGAGACUUAUAAUUGUUAUUAUUUGUUGAGUUCGCACGCCUCAGGAGCAACUAGGGGUUGAAUAUCCUGCUCAGGGACAGAGCUCAUGUACCUGCAGCAUGGCAGGAUGCUUGCUUUUCAUUGUAAUCAGAUAUGUGGCUUGAGGUUGGACGGAGGCACCUAUCUUGAUGGAAAAAAGGAACCUGUCUGACACCAUGAAAAAAGCUGGACUUAUUGGAGUUUUACUAUUACCCCAGGUUAAAUCAUCAUCAGGGUGUCAUCCUCAUGUUAAUCUUGUGAAAGAGGAGGAAAAGUGCAUUAAAGAUCUGCUACUUUUGAAGUCACACAAAGUAACAGAAAACAAUAUCAGUGUACACUGUAAGGGAAUGUGGGAUGACCUUAACUGCUGGCCACCUGCUUCUCUUGGGGAAACUGUCUCUCAACCAUGUCCAGAGUUUUUCAAUUCAGAAGGUAAAGUGCAUCGCAACUGCACUGCCGAUGGCUGGACAGCCCCGCUCGUCCCACAUGAAGAUGCAUGUGGCUACCCUUUCAAUGACACGUUCCACUUUCUUGGAGAGUCCUCAGAUUCCCAUUUGUAUUUCUCCUACGUGAAGACCAUGUACACAGCUGGAUACACCCUCUCUCUUAUUUCUCUCACCAUUGCCAUCACCAUAUUCUGUCUGUUUAGAAAGCUGCACUGCACCAGGAACUACAUUCACAUCCAGCUGUUUAUCUCCUUUAUCCUGAGAGCUAUCUUCAUCUUCAUCAGAGACACUCUGCUGUUUACUAAUGAAGAGCUCUACCACUGUGAAUACUAUCCGGCAGCAUGUAAGGUUGUGCUGAUGUUUUCCAACUACUCCAUCCUGGCAAACUACAACUGGCUGCUGGUCGAGGGUCACUUCCUCUUCACCCUUGUGAGCCGCUCCUUCUUCUCCCUGAAGAAACACCUCGUCUGGUACAUCGUCUUAAGCUGGGGUUUACCACUGAUUGUCAUUUUCUCCUGGGGGUGUGCCAAGUAUUUUUAUGAAGACGAAGGCUGUUGGGAAACCAGGAAACAUGAAUGGAUUUGGUGGAUACUUCGAGUGCCAGUUCUUCUGACUAUAUCUAUGAAUCUCAUCUUUUUCAUGGGCAUUUUGAGGAUACUGGUGAACAAACUCAGAAUGCCAGAUGCACAGAGGAAUGAAUUCUGCCAGUAUAAGAGGUUGAUCAAGUCCACAUUUUUUCUGGUGGCUCUGUUUGGCCUGCAUUACAUCCUUUUUGUCUUCUUACCUGUUGAAGUCAGCAGCUCAGUGUUUAAGAUAUGGACCUUUGCAGAGCUGGCACUGUCAUCCACACAGGGAUUUGUGGUCACUGUGCUCUACUGCUUCACGAAUGGGGAGGUGCAGCAUGAGUUUCACAGGAGGUGGAGGAGGUGGAGGCUGACUCAGCACCUCCCCAGUCGGCCCAGGCAGCAUCACAGCUCCAUCAGCCACAGCGCGUCUCCUCACACACAGGUCUCCCUGCUGCCCUGCUCUCUAGGCAGCCUGCCAACCAGUGGACUCCCUGUAGAUACUGUGGAUACUGGCUCAUAUUCUCCCUUUCCUUGUCAAUAUGUAAUGGAUUCUGGCUUAGCGCUGACAACAAAUUAGUCCACAACUGCAGCUUGAGUGUUUAAUACAGCGGAAUGCAUAUUUUUCAGAUCCCUGGAUUGUUUUUAUUUGAUGACAGAAGGAUGUAAAAUGCACCGUAGAGGCCCAAUUAGUAAGCCGUCAGGCUUACUUGGCAAUGAUUUUUCAUGUUCAAAUGUCACAGAUAUUUAAACUUACCAUCGGGGGCUUAAAUAUGCAGCAAACUUGAUUCACCCAUGUUCAGUUUAGUGUUGUUGUGUGAUCAUUUUGGAGGCUGCAGUAUGAGGCAUUUUAGUUUUACAUUAUACUUACAGGUGUUUGUUAUUUAUAUUUAAAACUCGUCAGAUGCCUUAGCUGUUGUUUCUUGGAGAACAACAGAAACAAGUGAAGUCUGAGGUCAAAAGAACAAGUCUUUAUUUUUGAUAGCCAGUCUUGGACACAGAUGCACUGUAUUGAAACUGCUUUUAUAUAAAAACUUACAUUGUAUUUGCACUUAAAGGAAUAGCUUAACAUUUUAGGAAACAUUUUGUCGUUAGAAGAGAAGAUCGAUACCACUCUUAAAUCUGUAUGAAACUAGAGUCAGCAGACAAUUAGCUUAGCAUAUAGGGUGGAGGCAGGGGGGAAACAGCUAGCCUGACUGUGUCAAAAGGCCCCCCACCCCCACCCCACUUCCACUUUUAAGUAAGUAGAGUAAGUAAAGCUAAUCGCCUGCUGGUUCUCGCUUCACAAUUAGCAUAAAGACAUAUAAAGAUGCUUUUUUCCACAGAAGUGUAUUUCUCAAAUGUUGACCUAUUCUUUUACACACUUUAUUUUAACCAAUGUAGAGUACCAGAAAGUACUCCAAAUUGCAUCUAGCAUUUUCAUCAGUUAUAUCUUACACAGUACCAGCAAGUGUAGCAGCAUGUAAAAUCAGUUGUAAAGCUUGUCAAAUGUUAUUGAGAGAAAAGUGGGAGAUGUGGCACAGGCUCUAGAUUCCAUAUUUUGCUUUCAGCUUCUCCACCACUUCAACAUAGGCAGUCAUUGCUUCAUCUUUGCCCAGACCUGUUGGUUUAGAAAUGGAAACAAAGCAAACCAAUUGGUUUUAUGAUAAAAACCCUGAUAUAGCCAUGCCUACAUUUUUGCUAUUGGGGAAUGUAGACAAUGUUCUUAACAUGUGUUUCAAAUCUGGCUUUGUUGAAGAAUAACCUUGCCUACAACUUCAUUUUAAGACAUACAUUAUAAGUUUUACAUAUAGUUUUACAACUGUCUGAAGUUACAUUUUUAUAUAUAUAUUUUUUAAAUCCUACCUUUCUUCUUAUCCCACGCAUUCCAUUUUCCUCGUCCUGCGAGGUCAAAUAUCCCUGGACACUCUGUGGAUGUAAAAGCAACCGUCAAUAACUGGGCUUUCCAAUAAGCAUCACAUUUUUUAGUAUUUUUUACUACUGUCAGUUGUUCUUAUUCAAACUGUCAAUGUCUAUUCUAAACGAUGCAACACAUUUUCCCUCUUUUUAAGCUUUUAAGGGUCCCUGAAAACCUAGUUUCUCAGUGUCUUAUUAUGAGCAGUAUUCUAAACGCACUAAGUUACAUUCCACCGCUGACUAUGAGCGAUAUCCUACAUCUAACAACACCCAAAUUCAGUUAUUUGGUUAUUUGGGCACGGCUCAGGUGGAAAAAGAUGAUGUCACACCCAAUCAUGUUAUUCGGGCUGAGUGAAAUGAUUUGCUGUGCUACCAGACUUUUUUCACUUUUGUGUAUAAGCUUGAUUUAUUUGAUUGCUGUUAGGAUGUAAAGGGAAUUUCAACAAAUAACAAAACAACGCUUCUGAAAUGCUUAACCCACCCUGUCUUUAAACUAUAACGAUACUUAAUGUUAGAAAUACUGAUGAUCUGAAACUUUUUUCAGGGGGUAUAAAAUUCUCAUACUGAAUAUUAAUGUUAGUGCUUUGUUGUCAAAUAAUGUUUCUUCUAUAAGAAUGUAAGAAAAAAAAUUACAGCUUCGUAAACUAAUCACUUUUGGCAUCAUUUACCAAACCUGUCAGACCUGAUUCUUUCUCGUCCCCGCCCUACUGGAAGUACAGGAUAGGCCAUCACAACAGUCUUUUUUUUGUGUGUGUGUGUGUUUCCAUGACUUGUUAAAUGUUAAAAACUUUUACAAAAAGGUUGCCUAUAUUACUCACCUAUGUUAAUAUCACCAA